UGUCACACAGGAUUAACAGUGCCAAAAUGUUUCAAUCAAAAGCGAUCAUACUUAGCAGUGCCAUUUUAGUUUUAUGCGGCGCAGCAGCAGUUUUUGAUAAAAUAAAUAAAAAAUGUGACUUCACUGACGAUGAAUGCUUGCAAGGUUUGUAUUUUGGUUUAAUAGGAGAAGCAACAGAAAAUGGAAUUUCAGAACUGGACGUGCCCAAAUUGGACCCAUUUGAAUUGAAAGAUAAACAGUUGCCCAUCCUCGGUAUGAUAAAUAUUAUUAUAUCUCAUGGAACAGUCAAUGGAUUUAAAAAUUGCGUUGGAAGUAAUGUUCACAAUGACGUAGAAUCUCUACGUAUCAAAGUCACACUUAUUUGUGAAAACUUCGCCAUCAAUGGAAAGUAUAAGAUUGAAGUGACUCCAGUACUCAAAGCUCUUAUUGGAACUAUCGACAUCCAUGGAGACGGACAAGGCUCUAUUGUAGUUGUUUUUGCGCGCGUGUCAACGGACCGGCAAUACGAGGAGGCAACAAGGACCGGCAAUAGGAGCGUCGCGAUUGAUUGUGCGAGUAGAGCAGUUUGUGGGCAGAGAGGGCAGCAUCGCGGCAUAGCACGGCAGCAUAAAGUGAAAUUGGAUCUUGAAAUUGCCUACGAAAUAAAGAAAAACGAGAAUGCUGACAUUCGUUUUGUGUUGAAGCCAGAAGACACCACGUAUGAAUUUGAAUUUUUAGAUAAAGUAACGUUUGGAGCUGAUAGCGUAUUCAUCGGGUCACAAGAUAUAAGUAACGUGGUGACCAACGUCCUAAAUGAAAACUGGGAAUUCAUAGCAAAGAGUUUCGCAAGAUCUGUCAUCGAUUUGGCUAUGACAAUUUUCAGUAGUAAUGCUCAAAAGGUACUUGAUGCUUUACCGGUCAAGGACUUGUAUAAUACUGAUUUAACACAUUACGUUAAGAACUAGGCAAGAAAUAGAAAGUAUUUUCUGAUCAAUAUGUAUACCUAUUUACAAAUGAUAGAUAAAUCUGCUCGGUACCUAUUGCAUUUUAUAAACUUUUUUCAAAUAGGAAUAACAUAAUGGUGACUUCGUCAAUUUAAAUACGAAAACUUUAAUGUUUAAGCACUUUUCAUACACUUUCUAGAAUGAAAAAAGUUUCGAUUGAGGGU